AUGGUCCCUGUACAGUCUUUCACAGGUGGGCUGCUGGGCACAGGUGGGGCUGCUGGUCACAGGUGGGGCUGCUGGUCACAGGUGGGGCUGCUGGUCACAGGUGGGGCUGCUGGUCACAGGUGGGGCUGCUGGUCACAGGUGGGGCUGCUGGUCACAGGUGGGGCUGCUGGUCACAGGUGGGGCUGCUGGUCACAGGUGGGGUUGCUGGUGCUGGUGCUGGCGGCUGGCGCUGGUGCUGGUUCCUGGUGCUGGCAGCUGGCACUGGGGCUGGUUCCUGAUGCUGGCGGCUGGCGCUGGGGCUGGUUCCUGGUGCUGGCGGCUGGCGCUGGUGCUGGUUCCUGGUGCUGGCGGCUGGCACUGGGGCUGGUUCCUGGUGCUGGCGGCCGGCGCUGGGGCUGGUUCCUGGUGCUGGCGACUGGCGCUGGGGCUGGUUCCUGGUGCUGGCGGCUGGCGCUGGGGCUGGUUCCUGGUGCUGGCGGCUGGCGCUGGGGCUGGUUCCUGGUGCUGGCGGCUGGCGCUGGGGCUGGUUCCUGGUGCUGGCGGCUGGCGCUGGGGCUGGUUCCUGGUGCUGGCGGCUGGCGCUGGUGCUGGUUCCUGGUGCUGGCGGCUGGCGCUGGUGCUGUUCCGCCACCACUCCCUUCCCCCUUGUCCUCUCUCCCCCACAGCAUUCCGCUGCCACUCCCUUCCCCCUUUCCCUCUCCCACCUGCAGCGUUCCGCCGCCAAUCCCUUCCCCUCCUCCCUCUCCCACCCACAGCGACCGCAGCUGCACACGCGAACAGUCGCGACGGGGGAGGGGGGGGGUGACGAGCAGGGGGCCGGGGGAAUGCGACGGGCGGAGCGAGGCGAAGGGAAGGAAGAAAACGGGACGGGGGGGAAAGGGCCGCGACGACCGCCACCGUCGCCGUCCCCUUCAUUCCCGAUGCCGUCCCCCCCCCUUCCCCACUCUCGCGCAAACUCGGCAGCAGGCGUAG